GAGGAGCAGGGCGUCAUGGAACGCGGACCCCCCAACAUGACUGUGACUCCGCCUGAACAUCGGAUAAAUGAUUCCCACAAUUCAACGGACUAUAAUGAAAAUGAGGAUCCACUUAUUAGACUUAACUUUUAUGACUGGAGGAACCUCCUCUCUCUGUUCAUUGCCCUGCUUGGGUUGAUCGGGAACGGUGCCGUCCUGUGGCUCCUGGGCUUCCGCAUCCGGAGGAACCCCUUCUCCAUCUACAUCCUCAACCUGGCGGUGGCUGACGCCAUCUUCCUCUGCUUCUCCUUUCUGAUCACUAUAGAUACACUUUUUAGAUCGAUUUUUGAAUAUUUAACAGGGAUAAUGCUGCUCUUCCUCAGAUUUAUAUUCUACACUGCGGGCCUGAGCCUCCUGGCCGCGAUCAGCACCGAGCGCUGUCUCUCUGUGCUCUUCCCCAUCUGGUACCGAUGUCGCCGCCCCAAGCACACGUCGGCCGCGGUCUGCGCCGGGCUCUGGGCUCUGGCUGGGGUGUUCGGGCUACUGUCUCUUGUUUUUGGGGACUGUUUUUAUCUUAACUUGUUCACCUUCAUCACCAUCCAGGGUUCGUGGUUCCUCCUCGUCACGUUUGUGAUGGGCGUGUCCAGCCUGACUCUGCUGCUAAGGGUCCAGUGCGGUUCCCAGCGCCGGCGGCUUCCCAGGUUCUACCUCCUGAUCCUGCUCACCGUGCUUGUGUUCCUGUUCUGCGGCCUGCCCUGGGGGAUCUGGGCUGUCCUAUAUUUCUGGUUCAACAUAUUCCUCAUACCUUAUUGGCUCUGUGACCUCCUGGCCUGUGUGAACAGCAGCGUGAACCCCCUCAUUUACUUCUUCAUAGGCAGACUAGGGAAUAGGAAGAGGGAGCCUCUCAGGGUGGUGCUUCAGAGGGCCUUUGGGGAUGAGCAGGAGUUAGGAAGUGGGACAACAAACAUCCCCCACGCCAGCAGCCCGGAGACUACACUCGGAGCCUAA